UGCCCACCCCAUUCCGUGCGGAGGCAAUUUCCCAGGACUGGGAGAGGCUCGCGGGGCGCGCUGGGACUCCACCGGAAACUUCCCCCUGCUGUCCCCAGGUGCUUCCUGGACAGGGUCCACAUGGGCCUGCCUCCCACCCGCACCCAGACCCUUUAACUGCACCCUCCCGUCCCAUAUCCCACGCGUACCCAGGGCACCGUACUCCAGUCCUCAGACCCCCCUCCCUUCCCUGAAGAGCAGCCACAGCACGCCCCGCCCUGCGCCCCAGGGGCAAGCAGCCGGCUCCACCCCGGGAGGCCGAGCCCCAAGCGGGCAGGCGCGAGGAGCUAUAAAGUGGCAGGCGCUCUGCAGGCUGCACGCCCAACCUUCCGAGGUGCAGCCCCAGCCGCUGCUUGACUGCUGUCCCCCACCCCCCAAAGCGAGGAUUCGGCGGCGGCCAGGGUCGCCCUGACAACCAGCAGCGCAGCCAAUCAGCACAGCCGGAGCCCUGGCUGCCAGAAGAGCACUGAUCGUACUGGCCCACGCAGAGAGGACGUCCUUCAACCAUGCCAUGAAGGAGGCUGCCGUAGAGGCCUUGAAGAGGAAAGGAUGGGAGGUCACUGUGUCAGACCUGUAUGCCAUGAACUUCAAUCCCGUCAUCUCCAGAAGGGACAUCACAGGUCCACUGAAGGACCCCGAGAACUUUCAGUAUCCUGCCGAGUCUGUUCUAGCUUAUAAAGAAGGCCGCCUGAGCCCCGAUAUUGUGGCAGAACAAAAGAAGCUGGAAGCUGCAGACCUUGUGAUUUUUCAGUUCCCGCUGCAGUGGUUCGGCGUCCCCGCCAUCCUGAAAGGCUGGUUUGAACGAGUGCUCGUAGGGGGGUUCGCGUACACGUAUGCUGCCAUGUAUGACAAUGGACCUUUCCGGAAUAAGAAGACCGUGCUUUCCAUCACCACUGGUGGCAGCGGCUCCAUGUACUCUCUGCAGGGUAUCCACGGAGACAUGAAUAUCAUCCUCUGGCCAAUUCAGAGCGGCACUCUGCAUUUCUGUGGCUUCCAAGUCCUGGAACCUCAGCUGACAUACAGCAUUGGGCGCACUCCUACGGACGCGCGAAUUCAGAUCCUGGACGGAUGGAAGAAACGCCUGGAAAAUAUCUGGGAUGAGAAGCCACUGUAUUUUGCUCCAAGUAGCCUCUUUGACUUAAACUUCCAGGCAGGGUUCUUAAUGAAAAAGGAAGUGCAGGAUGAGCAGCAAAACGAAAAAUUUGGCCUCUCUGUGGGCCAUCAUUUGGGCAAGUCCAUUCCGACUGACAACCAGAUCAAAGCCAGAAAAUGAGACUCACAAGACUAGAUUCCUUUCAGAAAUGUAGCCAAAUCUAGGUUUCUUUUUCAGGCUUGCUUGACUGGCUUCAGUUUUUAAGAUUUUUUGUGUGUUUUUAUUUCUUUCCACAGGGAAUGAAUAGGAGACAGAAUUGACUGUAUUCAUACAUUUUUGGAUAGUUUUAUUCAAUGUAACCGAUUCUUCUGAUUGCUAUCAUGGCCAAACCUGAUUAGUCUCAAGAGGCCACUGAGGAUACAAAGCAGGGAAAGAUGGAGAAAGAUGCGAGGCAAUAUUCUUUAAGGUCCUCUCCACAACUGAAUUCCUCUUUUUAGGGAUCCAUUUUUAGGGCUAAAUCUGGCUGGAGAGUAUCCAACUCCUCCAUGAUACAUUUUUCUUUUAAUUGCCCUCUCUGUGGUUUAUGACAAAAGGGAAUUAAUUGCUCUGAGAAAGAAAUGACUGAAUCUGACACAAGGGACUUGUUUAGUAGUUACUAAUCUGUGCUUGUUUAUGGCACAGGAUGAUACUGGUUUUGAUUACUACGCAGUGACUAAUAUGCCUAAUGUGUGUGUUACUCUUGCUUCGCCUGUUGUUCUUUAUACACAGCACACACUGAUACCUUCCGAUGAAAAGACAGUAAAACUCUUCUUUACCUCAAUCUUUUAAUUUCAUGUCUGCAGGAAAAUAAACCAACAUAUCUAUACGCUA